AUGCUCGUUGGGGAUAGUAAGGUGUUGAAAAUUGUUGUUGUUGUUGUUUUUGCUGUGAAUAUCGAGAAGUAUUCGUCGAAAAGCGAGAAUUUCGAGGGCUAUCUAAUCUUGUAUUUAACUGGUGUCCUCUCAGUUCGUCCCAAAUUGAGUGAACGAAAAAAAGCUGAUCAUUGGUUUUUAGCUGCUGUUGGUUUGGCUUUAGUUCCCCGAACAAUUAUUGAGGACACAUGGGCAGAGAUCAUGGAUCUAUAUACACCCGAUCAUGCUGGUGCAACAGAAUUCAAUGAUUAUUUAGUCCAGACGUAUGUUGAUAGUGAUGUCAGUUUGUUCAAUGCACAAACGUGGAAUGUUAAUGAUGCAAUCCAAAAUAAUUUACCACGAACCAAUAAUCAUGUGGAAGGAUAUAACAAGCGUCUGGAAAGUAAUUUUCCUGUUCAUCCUCAUAUUUAUGAAUUUGUUCGAUUAUUACGUGAUGAACAUUCGUUCCAGCAUCAUCAAGCUGAAGCAU